GUCUCCCAUCCCAUCUCUUGUUCCAAUGGCUGCUGGCGAUCGCCGCGUCGCGGCAACUCUUCGAAUCUUCGUUUGCCUGCUUGCCGUGGCGUCCGGGUUCCAAAUUCCCGACUAUGACCCGAGUAUGAUCGCGGACAGCACCCCCAAUCAGUUUAGGUACCCGCCCGGAGAAGUGAUCGUCAUCGAUCUGGGCAACACCAACUCUUGCGUCGCCGGCUAUGUCCCCGGCGAGACCGAGACCAUGUUGCAGUUCUGCAUCCCCUCCUGGGUCGCCUUCACCGACGACGGUGCUGCCCUCGUCGGCGAGGCCGCCAAAAAUCACGCCGGGCCAGAUCCUGAGGCCACGAUCUUCGGUUUCAAACGCUUGUUCGGGCUAAGACGAGACAACGAAUACGAGGACAUCGUGCAGAGACUCAUGGAGCGCGUGCCAUGCAAGAUCGGUGCAAGAAACGUCGUCAGUCCAAGCAACCAAGUCAAGGCCAAGGACGGUGUGGUCAAGCAGCUCGAAGUCAGGAAGAUCGCAUCCAUGGUGGUUGCCGAGCUGAAGGAGAAGGCCGAGGAGCACCUCGGCCGUAAGGUCCAUUAUGCCGUCAUGACCGUUCCGCAGCAUUUCACUGAGGUGUCCACGUGGGAGGCCAUCGGCGCCGGCGAGAUUGCGGGACUAGAAAUAGUGAGCACGGUCUUGGAGCCUAUUGCAGCCGCCGUGGCUUACGGCCUCCGCGGGAAGCUGCGCGAGGGCGGCAAUGCGCUUGUCCUCCGUGUCGGCGGCGGCACCUCCGACGCAAGCGUCGUGACGCUCAUCGAUGGCAAUUUUGAAGUCUUUGGAUAUUGGGAUGAUCCUUUCCUUGGCGGAGAUGAUUUUGAUCAAAGGAUCGUGGACUACUUUGCCAAGCUGAUCAAGACGAAGCACGGCAAGGACAUCAGUGAGGACAGGGUUGCUCUAGGAAAACUGAGGACGGCAUGUGAGCAUGCCAAGAAGGUGUUGAGCAACCAAGAUCAUGCCCAAGUGAGCGUUGAGUCUUUGUUCGAUGGCGUGGAUUUCUCCGAGCCGCUCUCGCGGUCGAAGUUUGAGGAAUUGAAUGAUGAUAUGUUCUGCAAAGUCAUCGCAUUGGUAGAGAGAGCCAUGGUAGGAGCUGAACUGGAGAGGAGCAAGAACUCGGUCGAUGAGAUUGUUCUUGUUGGUGGUAGCACCAUGAUCCCAAAGAUUCAGAAACUCGUCAAGAACUACUUUGGUGGGAAGGAGCCAAACAUAAUGGUGAAACCAGAUGAAUCAAUUGCUCUUGGAGCCGCAAUUAUUGGCCAUUCUUCGGAUUGAUUUUACUACGGUUGAGGUUUUGCUGUGAGGGUUAGAUCAA